AUGCCACCAUACAUAAGAUUUUCAUCACAUGAUAUUAAAGGUGAAUCAUUUCCAGUGUGUUUGAAAUGGUUAUUAAAGUGGAAAAUAAGUUCUACUACUCCAAUUGUUGUACGUCGGACAAUUCAAAACAGUGGUUUUAAACUCGAAAGGAGUGGUUUUAUAGUUCAACAUACAACUGAUCUUUCAGACAUAAGUAGUAAUCAAUCCAAUCAAAAUCCCAUCUCUUUACAAAAUCACUGUGGUGUUACACCUCCUGUAGUUGACACUUACUGUGGUGUAGCUUCUCCACCUAAUGAAUUCAUGAUGUUACCACGAUCCAAAUCGAAUGAUUGGGUGGGAACUUGGGAUAAACAAAUGAAAUCGUUAUGUUUCAAGACACUUUGGGAACAGCAAAAACUGAACCAUUUCCCAGGUACUUUUCAAAUUGGUCAUAAAGAUAGGUUGUGGAAAAAUUUGCAACGGUUAAUGUUAAAAUAUGGCAAAGAACAUUUUGGCUUUAUACCCACAUCAUAUAUAUUACCUCAAGAAGUUAGAAUUUUACGACGAGUUUGGGAGAAAAAUGAUCAAUACAAAUGGAUUAUUAAACCACCAGCAUCUGUUAGAGGAUCUGGAAUUCGUGUUAUAUCAAAAUGGUCUCAAAUACCAAGGAAUAUACCUUUAGUUGUACAAAGUUAUUUGAAAAAGCAGCCCACCGGGAAAACUCCCGAAUUCCCGGUGGCCCAAUCCGCCCCUGGACUCUAUAUACUCAUCACUUCAAUCAAUCCUCUUCGUUUGUAUCUUUAUGAUAAUGGGCUUGUACGUUUUGCUUCAGUUAAGUAUUCAUCUGAUCUUACCACUAUAUCUGAUAGAUAUAUGCAUUUGACAAAUUACAGCAUUAACAGACUUAGUAGUCAGUAUACUGAAAACGAAGAUGCUGAUGCAUGUCAAGGUCAUAAAUGGACGUUACGUUCACUAUGGACGUAUAUGGAGAAUGAACGCAAGAUUGAUGUUAAACAAUUAUGGAAGAGCUUAGAAGAUCUAGUUGUAAAAACGGUCAUUAGUGGUGAAUCACCUAUGAGUCAAAUGUGUAGUUCAAAUCUGAGCAAUAGAUAUAACGCAUAUGAGUUAUUUGGAAUAGAUGUUUUGUUUGAUGAAUAUCUUAAACCUUGGAUAUUAGAGGUAAAUAUAUCUCCUUCAUUACAUUCAUCUUCUCCACUUGACUUGGCUGUCAAAGGACCAUUAGUCAAAGAUCUCCUGAAUAUGGCUGGUUAUCAUAUCCCAAACAAUAUGGACCAUAAUACACAUUAUUAUUUACGCAAGGUGUUAGGAGUCAAAUCAACACUAUGUUAUGACAAGAGAUUAUAUACAUUGAAUUUAUCUGCUAAAGAAAAAGAAAAACAAGAAUAUUAUACAAAUAUUGAAUCUAGAGAAGAAUAUAUUGAUAGCAUAUUGGAAGAUCUAUUACCAGAUGAUAUUCGACAUCUUAUUGUGUAUGAAGAUGAACUUACACAAGUUGGCUCAUUUCAGAAAGUAUUUCCAACCACUUCAUCUUUUAAAUAUCAUAAAUACUUCAAUAGCUCCAGAUAUUAUAAUAUGCUUCUUGAUGCAUGGGAAUGUAAAUAUAGUAACAACAGAGGAGAAGGUAUUACUGUGCUAGAAAAGUUAUGCCAGUUAAAAAUUCACCUGGAAGUGCCAGACAUUGAUGAAGAAGAAGGAAAAGUAACACAUUCAAUUAUCAAAAUAUAA